AUGCGCUCCGAGGGCGCGGCCCCCGGGCGGGUGGCGCCGCUGUGCCGGGCGCUGAGCCUGGUGCUGGCCGCGCUGCUGGGCAGAGUGAUCGAGGGCCGUGGGCUCACAGACAACAUCCAGAGGCUCUCCUCGCUGCCCCCUUACCUGCCCGUGACCUACCACGUGCUCAGAGCGGAGACCGCCUUCUUCCUGAAGGAGACCAACCAGGACCCGACACGCAACUCCAGCCUGCGCUCCCGAGUCCAGUCCUUCUUCCCCUACAAAGCCAGGCGGCCCCCGAUCUUAAAUGCCAGCUACGGGCCUUUUUCGGUGGAAAAGGUCGUGCCCCCGGACCUGAUGUCGACUCCAGGCUUUCUGGGUCCCACCGACAAGGUUAGUUUCAACUGGAAGCUGAAAGCGCACGUCCUGCGGGACAGGGUCUCCCUGAGCCGGCCCCGCGUGCACGUGCUCUUCCACGUGGUGGGCAGGGACUGGGGCGACGCCGGCCCCGCGCAGCGGCUGCCCUGCCUGCGCGUGUUCGCCUUCCGGGAGACCCGGGAGGUGAGGGGCGGCUGCCGGCUGCAGGGGGCGCUGGGGCUGUGCGUGGCGCAGCUGGAGCUCCCGGCCGGCUGGUUCGGGCCCCCCACGGUGGCGGCGGCCGCGGGGAGGAGGAAGGCGCCCGAGCCCCCCGAGGGCAGCCGCGUGGAGCUCUACUACGCCCUGCAGCCCGGCGACGAGCGCGGAGACUGUGCCGGCGGCGACGUCCGGAAGGGCAAUGCCAUCCGCCCCGGGAAGGACGGGCUGGAGGGAAGCACGUCCCACCUGCAGAGGGUCGGGGCCGUCGGCCUGUACCGGGCCCAGGACAGCGCCCAGCUCAGCGAGUUGCGCCUGGAUGGCAACGUGACCGUCUGGCUGCCCUCCCGGCCGGCCAAGCAAGGAGACGUGGUCACUGCCUAUGUCACCGUGGCCAGCAAUUCCACCGUGGACUUCUUCAUCUUGAGAGCCAAGGUGAAGAAGGGGGUGAACAUCUUGAGCGCGCGGACCAGCGAGCCUCGCCAGUGGGACGUCAAGCAGGAGCUGGGCAACGGCGGCAAGCACGCCACCGCCGCCGUGGUGUGCCAGCGCCUGGCGCCCGGCGCGCGCAACAGAAGCAGCAGUUUAUUCAAUGAGGUUGUACAGAUGAACUUUGAAGUCGCCAGCUUCAGCAGCCUGGCGGGGAGCCAGCCCAUCACCUGGCAGGUGGAGUACCCCCAGAGGGGAACCACAGGCAUCGCCGUGUCUGAGAUCUUCGUCAGCCAGAAGGACCUGGUUGGCAUCGUGCCCUUGGCCAUGGACACUGAGAUCCUGAACACCGCCAUCCUCACGGGAAAGACGGUUGCCAUGCCCGUCAGGGUGGUCUCCGUGGAGGAGAACAGUGCCGUGACGGACAUCUCGGAGUCGGUGGAAUGCAAGUCCACAGAGGAGGAAGUCCUCAAAGUGUCUGACCGCUGUGACUACGUCUUUGUCAAUGGCAAAGAGAUGAAAGGCAAGGUGGACACGGUGGUGAACUUCACAUACCAGCACCUGAGCGCCCCCCUGCACGUCACCGUGUGGGUGCCCCGGCUGCCCCUGCAGAUCGACGUCUCUGACACGGAGCUGAGCCAGAUCAAAGGCUGGAGGGUCCCCAUCGUGGCCACUAAGAGGCCCACGCGAGACAGCGACGAUGAGGAGGAGGAGGAACGGCGGGGCCGAGGCUGCGCCCUGCAGUACCAGCACGCCACCGUGCGGGUCCUCACGCAGUUUGUGUCCGAGGGCGCCAGCCCCUGGGGCCGGCCAAGUCACCUGCUCAGUCCCGACUGGCAGCUGGACAUCACCCACCUGGUUGCAGACUUCAUGAAGCUGGAGGAACCCCAUGUGGCCACUCUCCAGGGCAGCAGGAUCCUGGUCGGGAGGGAGGUUGGCAUGACAACCAUCCAGGUGCUGUCGCCGUUGUCUGACUCCAUCCUGGCCGAGAAGACAGUAACCGUGUUAGAUGACAAAGUCUCGGUGACAGACCUGGCCGUCCAGUUCGUGGCUGGGCUGUCCGUCACCCUUCACCCCAGCACAGAGAACAGCAAGGCCAUCACGGCUGUGGCCACGGCUGAGGAGCUGCUGCGAACCCCCAAACAGGAAGCCGUGGUCAGCACUUGGCUCCAGUUCAGCGACGGCUCGGUGACACCCCUGGACAUCUACGACACCAAGGACUUCGCCCUGACCGCCGCGUCCCUGGACGAGGCCGUCGUGUCCGUCCCCCAGCCCCGCUCGCCCAGGUGGCCCGUUGUCGUGGCCGAAGGGGAAGGCCAGGGACCCCUGGUCCGAGUGGACCUGACCAUCGCGGAGGCUUGCCAGAAAUCCAAACGCAAGAGCGUCCUGGCCGUGGGCGUCGGCACCGUCAGGGUCAAGUUCGGCCAGAGCGACGCCGACCCCGGCGCCGGCGGGGCCUACGAGGAGGCCGAGAUGAAGAACCACGCCAGCGGCCGGCGCCCCAAGGGCCAGGAGGGGCCCUGGUACGGCGGCUCCUCCGCGGAGCGCGAGGACGGGGCCCCCCGCAGGGCCGGCCCCACGGCCAAGUCGCUGCUGGACAACAAGGUGGGCAAGAAUAGCCGGCUGGACGGGGGCCGGCUGGCGGGCGAGGGCCAGCUGCAGACCAUCCCCAUCGACUUCGCCAACUUCCCGGCGCAGGUGGACCUGCCGCGGGCGGGGGCCGGGCCGGGGGCCGGCGACCUGGUGCAGGCGGCCCGCGGCCUCAGCGACCUGGAGAUCGGCAUGUACGCGCUGCUGGGUGUCUUCUGCCUGGCCAUCCUCGUCUUCCUCAUCAACUGCGCCACCUUCGCCCUCAAGUACAGGCACAAGCAGGUGCCCCCGGAAGGCCAGGCCUCCGUGAGCCACUCGCACGACUGGGUGUGGCUGGGCAACGAGGCGGAGCUCCUGGAGGACGUGGGCGACGGGUCCCCCCGGCCGGACGAGCACACGACCGUCAUAGACGAGAGCGACCGCCUCCUGCUCAACGGAGGUUCCCCAAAGCACGGGCACGGCCAGGUCCCCAGGCCCGCCGACGCCGGGGACAGACAGGGCAGGGACCAGAAGCUCGAGCCGCUGCACUCACCCACCUCCAAGCGGAAAAAGGUGAAGUUCACCACCUUCACCACCGUCCCCGCCGACGACAGCUGUCCCACCGUGAACUCCAUCCUCGGCGGCACCGACGAGGACAUCAAGUGGGUGUGCCAGGACGUGGGCGUGGGCGCCCCCAAAGAGCUCAGAGACCACCUGGAGAAGCUCAAGGACAAAGCCUAGGCCCCUCUGGCCCAAGGGCCAGCGCUUGGACGCCCUCCUUCGCUUCCAGAGUCGAUCUGGGGCUGAGCAGGGAAUCGUUGGGGUCUCCCUUCGAAAGCAGUCGGAAGUUCUGAAGCCGGAAAGGGACGUGUUUUUGUAGUCAGAGGUUGAU